UCUCUCGUCCAUCGUCCGCCGUGUCCGCUACGGUUCACUCCAGGCACGCUAAAAGGUACUUGGUAGCCUCAAAGUUUGGUUUGGAGGCUGACAUCGGCUGCACAGAUGAGCGCGGCGGUCGCCAAAGUCCCACGACACGUUGCGUCGCCAGCGGCGCAAAGCAUUCGCCCGACCAGGGCCGCCCCGCACAUCCGAAAACCCCUCAAGCGCGACGAGCGCGGCCUCCCUGUCCCCCAUGUCAACAUCGUCGUCCGCGACACGCACGCCAGUCGUCUCGCCGACCACUACUACAACACCCUGCGCGACGACCUGAUGUACAUGACCUACACGCAUGAGCCAGAUCGGAAACCACACAGGGCCGUCCGGCCUCGGUUCGACCCCAACGAUCCCUACGCAAAGCACCGUCACAAUCCCCCGGUCGGUGGCAACAGGGCAUUUGCUACCCCUCCGCCCCCAGUCACCGCCGAGAAUGUCAUCCAACUGGAGCGCAUACAGCUGCACACGAUGGUCAAGGAAGCUUUCGGCAGCCGCACGAACUUGCUGCCUGCUAUCAUGGCCUUCCGCGCCAUCUCAGGGGAGUCGGAACACUCGGGCGGGCAGCGGACGGUGGAGGGUGUGCAGAUCGUGAAGGGUGGCCAGAACAUCGGUGGUUGGACUCGCCUCGGUGCGCCCCUCGGUGUCAAGGUCGACUUGAAGGGCCCGAAGAUGUACGACUUCCUCGGCAUGUUCGUCGACUGUGUCCUACCUCGUCUUCGAGACUUCCAUGGCGUGGCCAUGCCUCCACCGUCGCAGCAACUCACGUUGCCGCAUUCGGGUUCCGGUGUCGUAUCAAUAGGUCUCCCUCCGGACGCCAUGGCUUUCUUCCCGCAGAUUGAAGUGAACCUGGAUGCAUACCCACGGAUGUACGGUAUGCACAUACACUUCAUCACGAACGCAUUCGGUGCGGGUGCGCAAAAUCGUGCAAGAACGUUGCUCUCGGGCUUCAGGGUACCAUUCGCACGAGUGUGAUUCGAC